AUGGAAACAAGCAUAGACACAACAACACUAUGGCAGAACCGGAAAUGCCUCUUCCUGUGCUCCCUCGUCUCAAUGGCGAAUCUGCAAUACGGAUUCGAUCUCGCCGCCGUAGGCUCUCUCCAAGCCAUGCCGGGCUUCCUCAAAGUAUUCGGCUACGCAGACCCAUCAGCCGAGGGGGGAUACGCAAUUGACAGCACCGUCCAACAACUAAUAACCUCCCUCCUAACCCUCGGCUCCUUCGUCUCCUCUCUGAUCGCCGGCCUCUUCGCCACAUAUCUCGGCCGGCGACAAGCCCUCUGGCUCGCCUGCCUGGUCAACGCAAUCGCCUGCGCAAUCCAAAUAGCCGCCCCCUCGGCCCCUGUGCUCUACGUCGGCCGCCUCCUGCUCGGCUUCGCAAACGGGUUCCUGGUCACUUUCUCAAACAUCUACACCUCUGAAGCCGCGCCGGCGCAUAUGCGGGGCGUGAUGGUCGCGCUGUUCGCGUACUGGGUUAACAUCGGGAGUAUUAUGGGGGCUGCGGUGGAUAAUAAGACUAAGGAGAGGAUGGAUGAGCUUUCGUAUAGGAUUCCGUUGGCUUGUCUUUAUGCGGUGCCGACGGUGUUGGCGGGGGCGUUGUUUUUUGUGCCGGAGAGUCCGAGGUGGUUGUUGCAUCGGGGGAAGGAAAUUGAGGCGAGGAAGGCGUUGGAGAUGCUGAGGGGGAAGAGUUAUGCUCGGUUACGAGCUUCAAGUGGUGAGAGUGAGGGAGAGGUAGGACCGUCACUGCUGGAGAUUGAGUGGGCGGAGAUGGUCAAGGGUGUUGAAGAGGAGAAGCGCACAGAGGGCGAUGUUGCUGCGUUGGAUAUGUUCCGGGGAGUCGACCUCCGCCGAACCCUCCUCUGCUACGGCAUGAUCGGCUGCCAAACCGCCUCAGGCGUGUGGUUCCUAAUCGGCUACCAGACCUACUUCUUCACGGUAACCGGCAUAGCCAAAGCGUUCGAAUUCUCCAUCAUGAACACCUGCUUCGGCUUUCUCGGCGUGAAUAUCGGGAUGUACGCCAUCCGCGAGCUCGUUGGCCGCCGCUCAAUCCUCAUCAUCGGGGCGAUCGCGUGCGGACUGUGUCAGCUUGGAAGUGCAAUCGCGGCAAGCGUUGACCCGGAUUCUCUAGCGACUGGGCAGACGCUUGUUGGGUUGACUGCGCUGUUCAUGUUCUUCUAUAAUGGCUGUGUUGGGGCUGCGAGCUAUCCCGUUGCGACGGAGCUCGUCAGUUCGAGACUUAGGGCUUGGACGGUGGGGACUGCCACGUCGUUGGGAUAUUUGCUGGCUUGGUUGGUGAAUUUCUGUACCCCGUAUUUCAUCAAUCCGGAGCAUUUAGACUGGGGCGCGCAAUACGGAUACAUCUGGGCUGGUUCAAACGCGGUCUGCGUUGUCUUCUUCUACUUCUUCAUGCCGGAGAUGAAGGGCCGGUCGCUUGAGGAGCUGGAUGAGAUUUUUGCGGCGAGGGUGCCGGCUCGUAAAUUUGCGGGAUAUCGGUGUUUGAUUCGCGACGCGGCGAGAAUUGAUGCUGUUAAUGCGGAGGGACUAAAUGAUAAGGCAGGGAAAGACGAGAAGAGUCGUGAUGCUGGAAUUAAACAUGGUAUCUAG